AUGCCGACCCUACAGAGGCGAAAGCGCCGAUCGGAACCUGAAGAAGCCGAGUCGUCUGACGGCUCGCAAGGACCAGAGACCCAACGACGACGAACGACAGAAGAUGCGGAUGAAGAGGAAGACUACGGUGUUGGCGGUGCCACACAAGGUGAAGGGACCAACGAAAUGGCCAUGAAACUCGUGCGACUGGCUCUGGCCCUCGAGUUUCAACGAAGACCACUCCGAAGAAGCGAUAUCAGCGAGAAAGUUCUUGGACCAAACGGAAGACAGUUCAAGCAUGUGUUCAACCAAGCGCAGAUACACUUGAGAACGGUGUUUGGCAUGGAAUUGGUGGAGCUUCCGGCCAAGGAGAAGGUCACACUGCAGCAAAAGCGGGCGGCUCAGAAAUCUGCUUCACAGGCCAAGGCAACGGCCUCGUGGGUGCUGACGUCGAUUCUGCCGUCGAAUUUUCGGGAUCCGGCCAUCAUUCAACCACUUUCGGCGCCUACGGCUGUGGACGAGAGCAAAUAUACUGCGGUCUACACCGUACUUGUGUCGAUGAUUCGUCUUUCUGGUGGAGCUCUUCCAGACGCGAAGAUGGAGCGAAGUCUACAGCGACUGCAAAUGGAGGAUAACACACCGGUUGUGGAUUUUGAAAAGACGGAGAAGCUCAUGAAAAGGCUGGAGAAAGAUGGUUACAUCGUGCGUAUCAAGGAGAGCACUGGGACUGGAGAGGAUGAUGUGUAUUGGACUGUUGGACCACGAGGCAAAGUUGAGAUUGGUGAUAAUGGUGUUCGUGGCCUCACCAAAGCUGUGUAUGGAGAGCAGGAGAGCGAGACGGCAGAAGAUGAACUGGAGCGGAAGAUCGAUCGAUCCUUGGGCAUCAGCGAACGACUGGAGCAAAUCAACCGAGAGCAGGCUGCCGAGAAGCCCAAAAAGGGAGGUAGGAAGAAGCAGAAUCAGCAGCAGGAAGAAGAGGAAGAGGACGAAGGCGAAGACGAAGAAGGCGAGUGA